AUGGCCGCUAUCGAGACUCGCUCGACACUCCUCUCGUUCGACAUCUCGGAGGAGACCGGGUUCAUUCCCCAGCGGCCUCCCCUAUCCUCCCUCCCGCCAUACUUCCGAGAGUGGGAAGGGCUGGUGGAUCAGCUGAGCGAGAAACUACAGAGGAAGGAGCUCCGACAGGCCGUCCACAGGCUCCCCGAGGUGGGGUUCAGCUCGGAGACGCUGCACAGCGACGAGGAGUGGCAGAGGGCUCUUGUUGUGUUGAGCAUGUUGUUCCAGGGCUACAUGUGGCAGGACGGGGAGGCCGGGCUUCCGAGCAAGAUGCCUGCCCUACUCUCCGUCCCUUUCCACCGAGUCACGGAGAAGAUCGGCGUCCCUCUCGUCGGAGUCUACACAGCAAGCGCUCUGUACAACUGGCACAUGUUGGACCCCGACAAGCCCAUGGAACUCGAUAACAUUCACGCCAACGUGACGUACACGGGUACAGAGGACGAGUCGUGGUUUUAUAUGGUGGCCGUGCAGGUGGAGCUGGAGGCAGUCCCAGCCCUCAAGGCCAUCUGGAAUGGUGUAAGUGCCAAAAAGGAAGGAGACACUGCGGCUCUGGUCGGCCAUUUGGCUGUCAUUGAGUCUGCCAUCACAACCAUUCACCGUACCCUCAGGCGUAUGUCAGAGCGAUGCAAUCCAAAGGUUUUCUUUGUCGAUAUCAGGCCGUACUUUGCCGGUACAAAGGGGCUGAAUGUUUUCCCGGACGGAAUGAUAUACGAGGGAGUUGAUUCCAAGCCACGAAAGUAUUAUGGUUCCAGUGCAGGUCAAAGUUCAGCAAUUAGGGCUAUAGACGUAUUCAUUGGGGUGGAGCACACUGGGCCCCACGCCGAAUUUAUCAUAGCAAUGGAAGACUACAUGCCACGCAAACAUCGUCAGUUUCUCCGACAUGUCGCUGAACAGCCGCCCCUUCGUCAGUAUGUCGUUGAGAGUCAAAACAAGGACUUGAUACAACAGUUCAACGCCACGGUCGAGGCGUUUGUGAGGUACCGCAGCUACCACAUCACUGUGGUGACUCGGUACAUUGUCAACCAGCGAGCUCACAGCGUGAAUGCCAGUCUCGACAUGAAGGGAACAGGAGGAACUCACUUCAUGAAGUUUCUGAAGAGUGUCCGGGACAAUACAAAAGAUAUGAUGAUUCACUUGUAA